GAUACCAUUGUUAAUAUUGUUCGUCCAAUGCAAUGCGUCAGUCAGCAACGAACAUUUUAAAACGUCGCUUUCUAUGUUGUUACCUUCUGUUUGACAAGACCUGAGAACCGCUCGACAUGAAUUAGUUUAGCUUCUUGAGUAUUCAGUUAUUGUCAAUAGCAUAGAGUUACAAUGCAUGGUACAUCGUUAGUAGGCGAUGUACGAAUGAGAAGUUUGUGUUUAGGUGCUAAUUCUGACUAUGAAUAAAAAUAAACUAUUAAUGACUACGAGAACCAAAAUUUCAUGGAACCUCGAACCUUUCGGAAGAUAGCGAGAUUCGUUUUUUGGCACGACUUGCAUUUGGUUACUGCGAUGGCAUUUCCAACAAAAGAGCAGUGUGUGUUUCUAAUUUUCAUUACGUUCCAUAGAAUUAAAGUGAAUUUUUGAAAGUAGGACGACACUAUAGCGCUAAAUAGAGUAAACAGUUUCCUUGGUAAACAGUUUUCUUGUGCUUCAGUGGUUUAAAAAUAAAAUGUGGCCCCAAUAGUUUUUAUCAGCAGUUGACUGGUAGGGAGGUUGUAAUGUUUACGGAAAAUAAAACAAACGAAGUGAGGAACAGCUUCGUAACAAAAUCCAAUACUUGAGACUUGUCGACUGAUGUGUUUUAAUAUUUCUAAGAAAACAUUUUGUAAUGACUUGUAUUAAAAAUCCGAAGCUUUCGACUGUUGUCAAUAUUUUGAUGAAAUGCGUACACACAGAAUGUCAACAUUGCUCCUGUAACUGUGAUGUGCAGGUGUCUGGCGCCAGAUCUAAUUGUGCUCUCGUAAAAGAUAAAGCAACAAAUCCCAGUAAACUUGUACACGACACACAGGCCAUAUAUGAAGCAUGCAAGUUUCUGGAAAGAGAAACAUUUUGUGCACACGAAGCAACACGCCUGCUUGCAGCGAAAAUUCAGUCACCUGAUGAAAAGGAAGCCAUGCGUGCUCUGGUGGUUGUAGAUACAUGUAUGAGGCAUAGUGGACCAACAUUUCAAGCGGAAGUUGGGAAGUUCAGGUUCCUGAAUGAAAUGAUUAAAUUAGUAUCCCCAAAGUAUCUUGGGGCUCACACAUCUCCUGUAGUGAAGAAAAGAGUGCUACAGCUAAUGUAUAUGUGGACAAAAGAGUUUCCCCAUGAAACAAAAAUCCGUGAAGCUUAUGAAAUGCUGAAGAAACAAGGUGUGAUAAAGGAAGAUCCUCCUCUUCCUAUUUACCAAACUGACAGUGCAGUAAGUCCAACACCAGCUCCAGCAGCAGCACCACCAAGAACAAAAAAGUCUAUUUUUGAUGAUGAUGAACAGUCACGGCUAUUGCAAAGGUUGCUGCAGAGCAAGAACCCUGAUGAUUUGCAGGCAGCUAACAGACUUAUCAAAAACAUGGUGAAAGAGGAUGAAAGAAGACUUGAAAUGACCAACCGUUGCAAUAAUGAAAUAGAGUCUGUACACAGCAGUGUUAGAUUACUAUCGGAAAUGCUGGACUCUUACAAGCCUGGCGAGACUUCUGAAGAGGAACUUGAACUUAUCAAGGAGUUGCAUCAAAGCUGUAAUAAUCUACGAACAAACCUAUUUCGCUUCGCAACAGAGAUACACAACAAUGAACAUCUUCUGAACAAAGUACUUCAAGCAAGUGAUGCUCUGGGUCAUGUGUCGGACAAAUACAAUGCCAUAAUUGUUCAAGGUGAACUGCCUGAAACCAAAAGUACGUCUUUGCUGGAUCUCAGUACACCAAGUGAAGAAAAGCUCCCACCAGUACCAACGGAACUUCUUGGCAAACAGCUUGCUGAUUUGGGUCUUGAUGUAGAGCCUCCAAAACAGUCUGCAAAUACACCAAACCCAUCAGUUACACAGUCAAACAUAGAAGUACUCGGAGAUAUAUUUGGUGGUGCAGAUAUUGCAUCUAAACCUCUUCCUGUUCUGCAGCCUGUCACACUUCAACAGCAGACACAUAAAAUCGCUAAUUUGUUGGAUCCUCCUGAGAAGCCCAGUAAACAAAAGGCAUUGGAGGACCUCGAUGUCCUGGGGGAAACACUGCUUAAACAGAGUUUGCCCGCUACAUCCAAAAUUGGUUCACAAUUUUCCAAGCCACCAGCGAAAAUACCCAUGAAUUUGCUGAGCAGACAGCAAGAUGCGGCAAAGCCAGACAGUAUCACAACAUCAACACCCAUCAAGAAAAGUGGCAGUGACAAUUCGUCAGGUGUAUUAGAUUUGGAUCUUCUUACUGGAGAACCAGUGAAGCCCUUAGAAAAAGAUUCUGUGCAGAAAAUGGAGAGCAGAACAUUAGAUCUACUUAAUGGUGAUGAUACGAUGGUAGAUAUUAGUGAAGAAACACCAGUACAUUCUUUCUCUGAAAAUAACAAAAAUGACAGUGAUGACCGGCUAAGUGUUAACUCAGUAGAUGAUAAAUCUCACAGGACUAGCACAGAAAGUGUAAAUAUCUGUGAACCUAAGCAAAUUGAAGUGAAACCCUUGAAUGACAUCAAUGUUUCUUUGGACAGUAUAAAACCAGGAUCAGUCCCACCGCUGACUGUGCUGGAUGAGAAAAACGGUGUCUCAGUUAUACUUCAUUUUGCAAAAGAUAGACCACGAGAAGAUGUAUCAGUUGUUGUUGUGACAACCAUAAGUAAAAAUCCAUCACCACUAACUAACUACCUGUUCCAGGCCGUUGUUCCCAAGUCGUGCAAGUUAAGGCUUCAGCCUCCAUCUGGAUCUGAACUUCCUGGGCACAGCCCAUUUUUGCCACCUUCUGCCAUCACUCAAGUCAUGCUGAUUGCAAAUCCAAGAAAGGAACCAGUUUCUCUGAAAUUCAUGAUAAGUUAUUCAAUGGAUGAUGACACUAUAACUGAAAUGGGUGAAGUAGAGCAGUUGCCAUCUGAAGUGCAGUGACUUCAAAAAGAAAUAAAAAACUAUCAUAAUGAUGAGAAAUAUAUAUUUGUUGAAAUCUGCAUGAGUAACAUCAAGGCUGGAAUUUAUGUUGGCUGUUUGUUCUGCGAUGCUGUUGUAUGCUGUAUAUAAAAAAUUAAUGAGGUUAAAUAUGUAUUUUUAUUGCUGCAUCAAACCUUAUUGAUAAUAGUUUCACAAAGACUGUAACACACCAAAACAAAGUGUAAUGUUUAAGUGUAAUCCAUGUACAGCCAUCUAAACUACAUAAAUUUUCGUGUACACUGUAAUAUUUUAGAAGUGGUAGCCGUAACUGUAUUUGCCACAAUGAAUGUACUUGAGCUAUUUAUGAAAUAUGUUAUUUGUUGUUGAAUUUCGUGGAGGUGCUUCAUCUAUGCUGUGUCUGCUUCACUACUCACUUCUAUUUCGUUUCAGCAGUCUUCUUUUCUUGUAGUAGUGCCACAGUCACAGAAAACAGUAUUUACUUAACAGCCAAUGAGCUAUAACACCUUAAAUUUGUUUUUAAAUGUGUUAUUUAAAGCUUUACUCUGAAUUGGCUUUAUAUUAGUUGUCAUGUCAUUAAGUGACAGAAGACACUCAACAAUACCAUGGUGGUAUAUUUUUGCAGCCAUCGGAGCAGUUUCUUAUUGCCGUGUAGUUAAAUUAUUGUUUACAACUUAUUGUAAAAUUUACUACAAUUUAUGUGACCUUGUUGAAGCGUUGUAGCAAUGCUUGUAAUUGCAAAAAAAAUGUUUUAUAAUGUAUGUUUAUUUGCAAAUUAUAAAAAUUUUAUAGUCUAUAUGGAUUAUUGUAUUAAUGCUUGCUGCAUGAAGUACUUCAUGCAGGGGUUAUGAGCUACAAAUUGAUCAUUUGUUAUGAUAAAUUUGCUUUGAAAAUAGCUUUGAUGUCACAUAGCUAUUUCUAUAAAUAUACUUAGAGGAAGCAUUCUUCAGUUAGAAGAUAGGGAACACAUUAACAGGAGUGAGUGUAGCCCUUUGGCCAAGUUUCUCAUUUAUCUACUCCCUACACCAUAUCUACCCCUCCUCCCCCCACCCCCACCCUACCCCUUCCACUGUGAUACAAAAUGAGAUUGUUUAAUGAGGCAGUUUUAUAAAGAGAACAUAAAGAAAAUAGCUAAUAGAGUAGAGUUAAGCAAACAUAAUAUUUAUUAAAUUUAAUUAAUGCAGAAGUUAAGGGAUGUUUGGUUGAAGAUUGUUUGGCAGAAAGGUCAUAUUGUACAUCACUGACUUUUAAAAAAGGUAAAUAUGGAUACAUCAAAUUUAAUCUCAGUUUAUACACACUUUGAACACUCUAGUACAUAAGUGGAUAGUUCUAAACUCAGAAUAUGUUUGCUGAUAAUGCAUACUGUCAUUGAGAGAAAAGAAUACAUUGUAUCCAACAGAACUUGGAGGAUAUAUUUAUCCCAUUUCUAGUGUGAGACAGGGUAUAGAAUUAAGAAUAACUGUGGCCAGCAGUAAAGACUGUAAAGUGAGUAAUUUACAGUAAGUGUAGUGAAAAGCAAUUCAUCGGAAAUUCAGAACUUAGUUACAGAGACAGCGAGAAAUGUGGAAAAUUUCUAAAAGAUAAUUAUUGUUUUUAAGAUAACUUUUUAUAUCUUACUGCAUUGUCUUGGUGACGUGCACAGGGUAUCCCUUUAUUGUAGAGACAUGAAUGUGGUCAAGUGCACAUACAAUGAAAGUUUGAAAGAUUCAGCAUUGAUUAGCUGCUUCUGUUUCCAGUAUUUACCAACAUUUUUUACAGAAUAGAUUUUCUUUGGAAAUAAGCAUUCAGUAGUUAAUCACUGUGAUUACAUGAUACACCAUGGACUGUUCUCUAUCGUUCGGGGGUACUAAUCUGCUUAUUAAUUUGAUUCAAUUCAAGUUUACAGGUAUUAAAGAUAAUUUAACUUUGAGUUCUAGACCAGGAGGAGUCAACUUGCAGUUGUCCUGAUUCAGAGUCCAUUGAAGGAAAUUUAGUUUGUAUAUCUCAUUUUGUUACAGACCUACAUAGUCCAACAAUAUAAAAUUACGUUAUGCUUCCUCAAAGCAGAUUCCCUAGUGUAACACUCAGUUCAUGACACUGUUCAUUAUUGGAAAAAAAGUCUUCUAACUUUGCAAGAUGAAAAUAUUUAAAACACUGCACAAACAUGGUAACGUAACAUCUAGUAUAGAAUAACCAAAAACAGGUACAAAGACACCUGGUCAGUUAGAAUGAGAGAUUUUUCUCAAUUUGGUGCAAAGAAAUGAAUGACUACUUCUCAUUUGUAGUUCAAUGUGUCAACAAGCAAUCUUAAUUGGUACUAAAUAGCAUGGCUUUGUCAAUGACAUGUGGUAUUUGAGCAAUGUAUUUUUAUCCAUUUUGGUAUUAAUAGUAAUUUAUGUGAUCGCAUUAAUAAUGCCACUAGCAAAAAAAAAGUUGCUAGUUUCUUUCUUUGCAGAGAGGGACUCAUCAGUACAUUUGGUAACAAGCAGUUCUACAUGAUAUAUUUUACAUAUUAGGAUGUUAAUUUUCAAUCAUUUUAUUUUUUCUGGACAUUUACAACAAAAAAAAGUACAUAUAAAUGUUACCCUCAGUCAAAACUACCUUCCUUUUAAGUAAUUCAUAGUGACACUUUUUAUGCUAGGAGGCCACCUGCAUCUGGCGCUUUGUUUGUAACAUGUACACAGCCUUUCACAUGAAUUCUUUUAUAAAAUUUAGAUACAGCGAUAAAUAAGAAUAUUUAGCCAUAGGUGUCACCACACGGGUGGCAAGCAUAAUAAUAAUGCUUUAUGAAUUGAAGAAUAAAAAUUAUUAAGAUCAAUGCACAUUCAUGUUACAUAACAAAGUUUAAUAGCUGCACAAAAGUAGAGGGGAAAAAAAAGGUGAAUGUUAUGUUUCAUCACUGUAGUGAUGACAUUGUGUUAAUUCAGAUAUUUCUUUAUGAAAAGCUAUCUGUGGUUUUGAUAUAAUAAUAAUAAUAAUAAUAAGAUUUGAUUGCAAAAUGAUAGAAACAUUUAUAUCAUUGACAAAAGAACUUAUUAUCUUUGCUUAAAAAUCAUCAGUGGUUAUUUCAGAAUCCACAGGUAGUUUGUUGCACAGUUUGUGCUGUAUAGUGAUCAUAACUGAUUAGAAAUAGUUACUAAUCAUGAAUUUAUGGAAGCAUCAGUGUCAGUAAAUCUCCAAUUUGUAACUGAAUGCAGUCUCGUAUGCAAUAUAUUUCAAGCAACUAAUUCAAUGUCAAUUUUACAGAAAUUCCUGGAUGGAGCAGUAUAUAAAAUAUGGGAUAGGCAACAACUCCCCUAUAGUAGAUUGAUGUUUGAAGCACAGAAACACAUAACAGUAAAUAGCAUUCUCACUAGGUAUUGAACAGCAGCUCUUUUUCUAGCAACAAUAAACACAUUCACACAUGCAACCAGACACCCAAAUGUGCACUCGUGUGGCCAUGUCUUACUUUCACUCUGACUUUCGAGCAUUAGCUGUUUUUCUGGCAAUAGUACACACAGUUGCACACACAACUGCACAGACACCCAAAUGCACACUCCCAUGGCCAUGGCAAGACCCGACCAUAGGUGUGUGUAUUUGUGUAUCUCUGGAGUUGUAUGUUUUAAUUUGUGUACCAUUGCUAGAAAAAGAGCUAGUGCUCGAAAGCUAGUGUGAAUGCCGUUUCCUGUUAUAUGAUUCGGUGCUGCAUGCUUUGAUCCACUCUAGGUGAGUGAUUAACUUUCCCUUACACUGCUCAGCAUCAAAUUUAGUAAAUGGAUUAAGACUCAUCUAGUAUCUUGUGUCAACUGAUCGGUGCCACUUUUUUAUAAUAGUACAUGUUGGAUCAACACAUUGUUUAGUAUGAUAACCCCGCCCCCAUUUACCUCUCAUGCCCCCUCCCUCCUUCCUCAGCUCUUUCCAACUAAGAGCAAAUAAUGAAAUCAUGUUAACUGCAGUGACUCCGAUCUUUGAAAUUUGUAAUGUUAGACAUACUUAUAAAAUGAUAUCCUUUCAUGCAGAUUUGCAUGGGAUAACAGUUACCUAAAUUACAUAAGGCAUUUUGGCAUGGUUUCUUUGAAAUGGACAUGGCCAGUUUCCUUCCCUGAUCCUAACUUAUGCUUUGUCUAAAAUGACCUUGUCAGCAAAGAGUCAUUAAAUCAUCAUUUUCCUAUUUCAUGACAUAAAGAAAAUUGUGUAGUUAUAUUUGAAGAGAUAGUCAUAUGUGGAAGUACUGAAAAAUCCAUUUGAUUAGCAAAUCAAUAACCGUAUGUGGUAUCUUGAAAGCAAAAUACAAUCGAACAUGCUGAAUGAAAACACAUAGUGAUGGCUGGCAGUUAUCAUGGUUUACCUACUAAUCAACUGCAUGGAAAGGAGGGGUUGGGAGAAAUGCCACAACACUCUCAAGAUUCUCUACACUGGCCAUUCUCAUUUAUUUUUUUCUGCAACUUACUUAUUCUUUUUUCCUUAGCAUUUAAAUUUAUACUUUUUUGCAUUUUCGACUUUUCCCCCUCUGCUUUAAAAAGUAAUUUAUGUGUUAGGAACCUUUUUAGGAUUUGAUCACUCCCAACUGUGUCAAGUAUUGUUAGUGUGUGUGUGUGUCUGUGUGUGUGAAAGCCAUUUUACUGAUGAAGAUUCGGUCACACCCCAAAUGUGAAAAAAAGUGACUCCAGCAAGAACACGUCCAUGUCAUACAAGAAAAGACACUUUUUUAUGUUAUCCAUGAAGAAACCCUGAUGGAUAAAACAUACUGAAAACAGCAAAUAUGAUGUUGCAAGAUUGUAUAUUAGUGAACAAUAAGAAGUCGAGGACUCGGUUUUAAUAUACUGAUUCAAAGAACAAAUGAAUACACUCAUUGCCUCUUGUUUUCAUGUCUAAAGAGGGAGGAAACUUUUUUUUGUGAUAGUUGUGUGAGGACAAACUUUUGUAAGAGUUUCCUUUUAGACUGCAGUGGCUUGUUCUUAAGUUAACAGCAGCCUCAGCUUCUAUAUUACCUAAAACAUGAUUGGCACAUUUCGUCUGUAUAAUCAGCAUAACUAAACAGGAUAACAUCAUGUUCACAUUUAUCGACAGAUAUUGUUAAAUAACAAAGGAACUGUAAAUUAGCUCACUGACAGACAGGUUUUAUGUUUAAUAUCUCAAUAAAAGAGCAGAAAUUUAUAAUUAAUUAUAUCCAUUAUUCUAGUCAUGAGAAAGAGUUAAUAUCUGGAUCAUUUAAAAUCUCGAUAUUUUGUUAUGAACAAACAUCUGCUGUGUUUGAUAUUCCAUGUCUUGGUGAUAAGUGCAGUCUUAUAUGGUUGAACCAGUGUAGGACGACAAAUUACAUGUGAAUCUAGAAUAUAACACAAUCUAAAGGGUAUUUGUUGACAUUAUAAGCGGCUUCUCAAUUCUGAACGUGGUUUGUUAGGAUAAUUUUUAACAGGUUAGAACUUGUAACACUUUGAGUAUUUGUAACCUAACAUAUGUGGUGUUAUCUUCACAUGUUAAGUUUGCAGGUUAUUGGGCUACUUUGAUAUACUGGAUACUAAAUUAACUAAGCAAAGCAUUUUAGUUAGCUGUAGAAACUGCCACAUUUGUAAGAGUAAUGUCGGGUAACUUGUUAGUUCUAGCACACACCAUGCUUUUGUAGAGACUUGUAAUGUUAUGAUUUACAUUCCUGGUGCAUUGGAAAUCUAAAUAACUUGUAUUUAAUGUUAUUUUGUAACAUAUAGAAGUGUGUUUAUUGUGGAGUAUUAUAUUGAUCUUGUGUAGUUAGAAACUACACAGUUCGGAAUCCCGUGUUAUAUUAUGCCUCGCAGUUAUUUCCACAAGGACUUUGCAGUAAACUACAAUGUGGAUGUGUAUAAACUUGACAGCUUUAUGUAUAUGGAAGGUGGCUUUUGUACUAAGUUUUGUCCUUGAGAGAAAUGUGAUUUUAUACACUUUUCAUUAGAAAAUAAAAAAGAGUUUAUCAUUAGGACUACUGUUGCUUGACUUUUCUUGUAACAAGUUGAUGAUAAAAUGUGCAGCAGCAUUCUGUGUAUUUUUAGAGCCAAUGUUGCUAUUUGCAUGACUUCUCUCAUAAACCAAAUUUUGGCUUACGUUGUGAUGAGUGGUAUUCGCUAGCAUUUUCUUAUUCAUAUAGAUCUCAGUCAGUAUGUCACUAAAUUAGCAUCUUUUGUUAGAUCAAAUCAACAUACUUGCAAAUAUCAUAUGGUUGUGGUGCAAACUGUUACUUAGUGUACAUAACUUAAAGUUAUCAAAUUGAAAGAUGAGGACUAAUUUUCAUCAUGUUUUAGCUCAACCUUCUGUCCUCCUUGAACACUGGUAAAUAUUUAAAGGAUAUGUAGUGUCCCUGCACAUUAAAAAAAACCUGUAUGAAUUUAAUUGAAUGUAGGCAGCUGUAAAUGUUUAAUGACAGGAAUAUUGGAAUAACUGGUAAGUUGAGAGCCUGGACAUGAGGUGUGGCACUACUUGCUUCUCAUUCCAUAGCAUAAUUCUGUUACUGAAAGGGCCCCUUAAAAAUAUUCAUUUUUUCUGGAUGACAUUUAUAGACUUUUGUAUUUCAAUGGUGAAGUGGUUACUUUUCACCUCUUUUUAGAUUUGUGACACAGCUAUUUGAAUAUAUGCAGCUAGUGUCAUCAGGUUGUGACCUUUUUCUAACUGUAAUGUUCAUUCGAUGGCUGCUCAAAAUGUGUGUUGCAAAGUUUCCAGAGAGAGAACUACAUGAGACAUUUUCUUUAUUUUUUGCGAUAGGCUUUUUGCUUGUGAUCAGUAAAAAAUUCCUGCUGAAUUUGCUUGUAGAACACUGGUUGCGUAUGUAUAAAAAAUAUGCAUAUUAACAGUGUGACUUUUGUUAAAUCAAGUACUUACAUAAAAGUAUUAGAAUUUUGAUCUCAAUACUGAUGAAACUGUACUUUUUAAGGGAUGUAAAUAUUUUUGUACAAUAGCAUAGUAAAUCAACAUCUUGUUUCUUUUUAUUGUUAUCAUUGGUGCUGCUGCUGUUGUGAAGUUUGUUUCAAAAGACAUAUUUUAUUUAAAAUCUUAACAAAUAACAGUUUUCUUGUGCACAGAAUCUAUUUGAUCAAUCUAUCCAUUCAGUUUUUGUAAUCAUAGCAGCAGCUGUUUGUGGCUUCAUAUGUGGCCUUUAGAUUUUUAGCAUGUUUUACUAAAAAGUGUAAAAUUCUUUAAAUAUUGUAAAGUAAAUUGAAAUAAACUGACUUAUAUAAUGAA